AUGGAGCAGAAGGAAGGGAAGCCCUCUGAGCAGGGGAACACUGUCUCCCCAACCACAGAGCACCCCGGGACGCUGGGAGGUGGAGACUCUGCAGAGGGGGAGGCCAAGGGCCCAGCUGGGAAGACCAUCAAAGAGGGGCCUCCAGAUGGGACGGGAAAGCAGGAAGACGUACCAGCUGAAGACGGCAUUUUGGAUGAACUCCAGGGCAAAGCAAAUGAGUUAGAUGAGGCCAAGGCGGAAUCCAAAGAGGAGGCCGGUGGGAAAGGUGAGGCCAAGGCAGAAUCCAAAGAGGAGGCUGGUGGGAAAGGUGAGGCCAAAGCCGAGCUUAUAAAGGAUGAUGGGAAGGAAAAGACUGCAGUGGCCUCUCAGGAGAAAGCUGACGGGAAAGAAGAGACCAAAUCUGAACCCAAGGAAGCUGAGGGAAAAGAGGAAACCACAUUGGCCUCUGAUAAGCAGAAGGCUGAGCCUGGAGCUGGGGAAAAAGCCACUGCGAAUGACGAGGCCAAGGCUGAACCCAAGGAGAAGACUGGUGUGGAAGAGGCCAAGACUGAAUCUCAGAAGGCCAUUGUGAGAGACGAGGCUAAAGCUGAACCUAAGGAGGCUGAUGGGAAAGAAGAGGCUGAAAGUGAUGCAAAGGAGGAGGUGGUGAGUGAGGCAGAGGAGAGGAAGCUAGAGGCCCCCCAAGAAAGUCUGGAGGGAGAGGCAGGCGGUGCCAAUGAAGAGCAGGACCAGGGGGUUGAGAGAGAGCCACAGGAAGGGGAAGUGGUGGUUCCCAGCUCCCCCGAGGAGUGGCCUGAGAGCCCCACGGAGGAAGGCCACAGCCUCAGCCCAGAUGAGGUAGGUCCAGAUGCUGCAACUUCCGGACAGACCAGUCCUUCUGUCAGUGAGUCUUCUCCCAGUGAUGUGGCCCAGAGUCCCACGGAGACCCCUUCCAUAGAGGAGAAGAAGAAGGAGAAGGCUCCAGAGCGGAGAGUGCCAGCUCCCAGCCGGCCCCGGGGACCCCGUGCCCAGAACCGCAAAGCCAUUGUGGACAAGUUUGGCGGGGCAGCCUCAGGCCCCACGGCCUUGUUCCGGAACCCUACAGCUGCUGGGGCAGCCGUUGGCGGCGUCAAGAACAUGCUGUUGGAGUGGUGCCGGGCCAUGACCAGAAAAUACGAGCAUGUGGACAUCCAGAACUUCUCCUCGAGCUGGAGCAGCGGCAUGGCCUUCUGCGCCCUCAUCCACAAGUUCUUCCCGGACGCCUUUGACUACGCUGAGCUGGAUCCCAAGCAGCGCCGGCACAACUUCACCCUGGCCUUCUCCACUGCAGAAAAACUGGCUGACUGUGCCCAGCUGCUGGAGGUGGAUGACAUGGUGCGCCUGGCGGUGCCUGACUCCAAGUGCGUCUACACCUACAUCCAGGAGCUAUACCGCAGCCUUGUGCAGAAGGGACUGGUGAAGACAAAGAAGAAAUGAGGAGCUGACCAUCC